CCCUGCAACGUUUGCUGUGCCAGGCUCUACUGCGGCGCGAGGGUCGGUUUGGUGUAUUCCGGACACGUUUUGUGGCCGCGUACAGCAUCAUGACGCAGAUAGGAGUGAUCAUGACGAUGCUCGCCGAACCUCCUGCCUUCUGCUACCGCCGCGCGUCGGAAGUCGCUGGAGUGGCUGGUCAUUGGGGCAUUUUUCUUGUGCAGCUCCACGUGGUCCUGAGCGCCCACGUCGACCUGUACACGCUGCUCGCGCUGCAGCUCGACUCCGUCCGAGCCUGCGCCGUCCUCAACACGUGCAUCGGCCACCGCUUCCAAGUCGAGGGUGGCCGUCGGAGCACGGCGCGCAGCGCCUCGCUGCACGCCCAGGUAAACGAGUCCGCCCGCCUCACCAGCAUGCAGUUCGGCCACCUGCUGCCGCACUUCCUCACGGUGGGGCUGGUGAUGCCCGUGGUGGCCACCGCAGAGGUGAUCUCGUCUGGUGGGCACGCGGACUCGUUCGCGAUCGCCAUGGUGCCGCUGCUUUUCGUCUUCUUCGUGUCGCAGUGCGUGGGCGGGCAGCAGCUCGAGAACUCCAGCGAGGGCUUGGGCUGGGCCGCCUACCAGGGCCCGUGGCUGUCCGAGGAUGCUCGCGCCCGCCGCUUGCGCCUCCUGGUCAUCCAGAGCGUGACCGCGAGGCCGGCCUGCUUCGGCGUGCCGGGCAUAACUGUGCUCAACCACGCCACAUGCCAGGACGCGCUGCGGAUCUGGUUCCAGUACCUCCAGAUCCUGCUCAACACCAACGGCAGGCGACGGCACGGCCCGGCGCAAUAAAGGAGUGGCGUGAGACGUGACGAGCAAACAGUUACACCAUUGAUAUGUCAAACCACCAAGAUUCAAGUGUCUUUCGUCUGUCUGUGUGUCUUUGUGUCUGUGAGUCUGUGUCUAUGUGUCUGUCUGUCUGUCUGUCUGUCUGUCUGUCUGUCUGUCUGUCUGUCUGUCUGUCUGUCUGUCUGUCUGU